AGCGUGGCAGUCAGGGCCAGCGGAGGCUCGGGGAGCCGGACGCCGGCGCGGCGGGGGCCAUGACCGUGGAGCAGAACGUGCUGCAGCAGAGCGCGGCGCAGAAGCACCAGCAGACGUUUCUGAAUCAACUACGAGAAAUUACGGGGAUUAAUGAUGCCCAGAUUCUACAGCAAGCUUUGAAGGAUAGUAAUGGAAACUUGGAGCUAGCAGUGGCUUUCCUUACUGCAAAGAAUGCCAAGACCCCUCAGCAGGAGGAGACCACUUACUACCAAACAGCGCUUCCUGGCAAUGACAGAUACAUCAGUGUGGGCAGCCAAGCAGAUACAAAUGUGAUUGAUCUUACUGGAGAUGAUAAAGAUGAUCUUCAGAGAGCAAUUGCCUUGAGUUUGGCGGAAUCAAACAGGGCAUUCAGGGAGACUGGAAUAACUGAUGAGGAGCAAGCCAUUAGCAGAGUUCUUGAGGCCAGCAUAGCGGAAAAUAAAGAAUGUUUGAAGAGGACACCUACUGAAGUUUGGAGAGAUUCUCGAAACCCUUACGAUAGAAAAAGGCAGGACAAAGCUCCUGUUGGACUAAAGAAUGUUGGCAAUACUUGCUGGUUUAGUGCUGUUAUUCAGUCAUUAUUCAAUCUUUUGGAAUUCAGAAGAUUAGUUCUGAAUUACAAGCCUCCAUCAAAUGUUCAAGAUUUACCCCGAAACCAAAAGGAGCAUCGGAAUUUGCCUUUCAUGCGUGAGCUUCGAUAUCUAUUUGCACUUCUUGUUGGUACUAAAAGGAAAUAUGUUGAUCCAUCAAGAGCAGUUGAGAUUCUUAAAGAUGCUUUCAAAUCAAAUGACUCCCAGCAGCAAGACGUGAGUGAGUUUACACACAAAUUAUUAGAUUGGUUAGAAGAUGCCUUCCAAAUGAAAGCUGAAGAAGAGACGGAUGAAGACAAGCCAAAGAACCCCAUGGUAGAGCUGUUCUAUGGAAGAUUCCUAGCUGUGGGAGUGCUUGAAGGUAAAAAAUUUGAAAAUACUGAAAUGUUUGGUCAGUACCCACUUCAGGUCAAUGGAUUCAAAGAUCUACAUGAAUGCCUAGAAGCUGCUAUGAUUGAAGGAGAAAUUGAGUCUUUACAUUCAGAAAAUUCAGGAAAAUCCGGUCAAGAGCAUUGGUUUACUGAACUACCACCUGUGUUAACAUUUGAAUUGUCAAGAUUUGAAUUUAAUCAGGCACUGGGAAGACCAGAAAAAAUUCACAAUAAAUUAGAAUUUCCUCAAGUUUUAUAUCUGGACAGAUACAUGCAUAGAAACAGAGAAAUAACAAGAAUUAAGAGGGAAGAGAUCAAGAGGCUAAAAGAUUACCUCACAGUAUUACAACAAAGACUUGAAAGAUAUUUAAGCUAUGGUUCGGGUCCCAAACGAUUUCCCUUGGUGGAUGUUCUGCAGUACGCCUUGGAAUUUGCUUCAAGUAAACCUGUUUGCACUUCUCCUGUUGAUGAUAUUGAUGCUAGUUCCCCAUCUAGUGGUUCCGUACCAUCACAGACAUUACCAAGCACAACAGACCAACAGGGGGCUCCUUCUUCAGAACUGCCAAGCACGUCACCCGCGUCAAUAGCUGCCAUUUCAUCAAGAUCAGUAAUACACAAACCAUUCACUCAGUCCCGGAUACCUCCAGACUUGCCCAUGCAUCCGGCACCAAGGCACAUAACAGAAGAAGAACUCUCUGUGCUGGAAAGCUGUUUACAUCGCUGGAGGACAGAAAUAGAAAAUGACACCAGAGAUUUACAGGAAAGCAUAUCUAGAAUCCAUCGCACAAUUGAGCUAAUGUACUCUGACAAAUCUAUGAUCCAAGUUCCUUAUCGUUUACAUGCUGUUUUAGUUCAUGAAGGUCAAGCUAAUGCUGGGCACUACUGGGCAUACAUUUUUGAUCAUCGUGAAAACAGGUGGAUGAAGUACAAUGAUAUUGCUGUAACAAAAUCUUCGUGGGAAGAGCUAGUGAGAGAUUCUUUUGGUGGUUACAGAAAUGCCAGUGCAUACUGUUUAAUGUACAUAAAUGACAAACCACAAUUCUUAAUACAAGAGGAGUUUAAUAAAGAAACUGGGCAGGCCCUUGCUGGAAUAGAAACACUACCCCCCGACUUAAGAGAUUUUGUUGAGGAAGACAACCAGCGAUUUGAGAAAGAACUAGAAGAAUGGGAUGCACAACUUGCUCAGAAAGCCUUGCAGGAAAAACUUCUAGCAUCUCAGAAACUGAGAGAGUCUGAGUCUUCUGUGACAACAGCACAAGCAGGAGAACCAGAAUAUCUAGAGCAGCCAUCAAGAAGUGAUUUCUCAAAGCACUUGAAAGAAGAAACCAUUCGAAUAAUUACCAAGGCAUCACAUGAGCAUGAAGAUAAGAGCCCUGAAACAGUUUUGCAGUCGAAACCUGAAAAUACUACAAGCCAGCCACCUUCUAAGCAGCAAGUUGUAGAGGUGGAGAUUCCUCAUGUAGGGACAUUUAUGAUUGAGUCAAAGGAGGGGGGUUAUGAUGAUGAGAUCAUGAUGACACCGAACAUGCAAGGUAUUAUCAUGGCCAUAGGUAAAUCCCGGAGUGUGUAUGACAGGUGUGGCCCUGAAGCAGGGUUCUUUAAGGCAAUUAAGUUGGAAUAUUCAAGGUUGGUUAAAUUGGCCCAAGAAGAUACCCCACCAGAAACAGACUAUCGUUUACAUCAUGUAAUAGUCUACUUUAUCCAGAAUCAGGCUCCAAAGAAAAUCAUUGAGAAAACAUUGCUAGAACAAUUUGCAGAUAGAAAUUUGAGUUUUGAUGAAAGGUGUCACAACAUAAUGAAAGUUGCUCAAGCCAAAAUUGAAAUGAUAAAACCUGAAGAAGUAAACAUGGAGGAGUAUGAGGAGUGGCAUCAGGAUUAUAGAAAAUUCAGGGAAACAACCAUGUAUCUCAUUAUUGGGCUAGAAAAUUUUCAAAGAGAAAGUUAUAUAGAUUCCUUGCUAUUCCUUAUCUGUGCUUAUCAGAAUAACAAAGAACUGUUGUCCAAAGGCCCAUACAGAGGACAUGAUGAAGAACUGAUAUCACAUUAUAGAAGAGAAUGUUUACUAAAAUUAAAUGAGCAAGCUGCAGAACUGUUUGAAUCUGGAGAGGAUAGAGAAGUAAACAAUGGUCUGAUUAUCAUGAAUGAAUUUAUUGUCCCAUUUUUGCCCCUGUUAUUGGUGGAUGAAAUGGAAGAGAAAGACAUACUUGCUGUGGAAGAUAUGAGAAAUCGAUGGUGUUCCUAUCUUGGACAAGAAAUGGAAUCAAACCUCCAAGAGAAGCUGACAGAUUUUCUGCCAAAGCUGCUCGAUUGUUCUACGGAGGUUAAAGGUUUCCAUGAGCCGCCUAAGUUACCUCCGUACUCCACACAUGAACUCUGUGAGCGAUUUACCCGAAUCAUGCUGUCCCUCAGUCGAACUCCUGCUGAUGGAAGAUAAACUGCACAUACCCUCCCUGAACACACUGUAUAAACUUUUUUUAGUUCUUAGCCCUUGCCUUCCUGUCACAGGGUUUGCUUGUUGCUGCUAUAAUUUUUAACUUUUAUUUUAAUAACUGCAAAAGACAAAUUGACUGUACAGACUUUAGCCAGACUGCAAACAAUAAAGCUGAGAAUCGCAUGGCGCUCAAACUUUGUUUUAACCAGAACUGAUGUAUGAUUACCAAUCCAAUUGAUUUUGUUAUGGCAAAACCAUGCUUUUGCCACUUUUCUGUUACAGUAUUACUUUGCCUUUAUCUUUUCUUGAUCUGCAGCUUUCCAUUCAGUCUGGAUCCUCCGUGACUAUAGCCAUUUAAGUGUUCAGCACUGUGUACAAUACAUAAUAUUUGGUAGCUUGUAAAUGAAAUUUAAGAAUAAAGUUUUAUUUAUGGCUACCUAUGUGUUUGUAAGCAGGUAUAUUAUAUAUUAGUGUAUUUUUUUAGUUAUAUAAAUGAAUUUUUUCCUGGGGAUUGUUUAUGGGUGAUUAAAAGAUUAAUACAGACUUUUAAUUUUGCUCUAAUGUUAGCACAUUAGAAAUUUGCUGAGUAUUUGAUACUUAAAUAUUAUAUUUUUGACUAAGUUGUUAUACUUAGUAUGGCACCUAAACCUGUUUUGAAUUCAAAUCAGGUUUUAACCGAAGUGAGCAGCUGAUACUUAAGUCAACCACACUGAAACUUUUAACCUUUUCUUAGAUUAACCUUUAAUUUUUUUAAUGUAUUAUACAUAUAAUAUAGCAAAGUGAUUAUUUCAAGAGAUACCAGAAAAAAAGUACUUGAAUAAGGGCUAUUUAAUAGUGAAACUUAUGAGAACUAUGUAUAUGUAUAUAUUAUAUAUGUAUAUAUACACAUACAUACACACAUACACACACCCAUUCUUCAUAAUGGAGGACAGUGUUUGCAUUAUAUAAUCAUUCUAUUUUUGUAAAUUGUAUACCACUUUAAUUGCAAAUGUUCUCUACUAAUCAAUGCUGUGAAAUGGAAGUUGAUAUUGUUGAACUAGAAAUUAUAUGAGUAUCUUCCCUGCGUUUAUUUACUUCCUUUUCAAAAAGGAAAAAAAAACUGUAGAACAUUUUAUAGGUGGAACUGCUGUUUAAGAUUAAUGAAGUAAUAUUGUGAAUGAAAUCCAAUGCUUUAAAGGUAAUCAUGCUACCAACAACCUAUUUUUGAAUUUAUAAAAAUUUCUUUAUAAAUGAUACUUUGUCAGCAUAGUAAAAUAUAUCAUUAUACUAUGUGUAUGUUUGUUACAGCGUCGCCAAAACUAGUGCUUUUUAUAAGUGCCUCUCAUAAAAGAUCUGGAUGGAGGAAGAACAAGAAAAUAUUAAGCUAUUAUAUAAUACUCCUUAUAAAGGUAUCAAUGUACUGCUAAGGUAUUAGUGAUAAAUUGCUAUUUCUUUGUAAAGUUAGAUUUUGUAUAUUAUAGCCAUCAGAAUGUGUUUUGGUUUAGAUUUUAAAUUCUCUACUUAGCAGAAUUAGUAUUCUGCAUUGAUUUCAAGUCCUAUUGAAAGUUUAGAAACUUACUGUGUAUCAUCAAAGCAUUUAUAAAGUAUCUUCAGCAUUUUAUGAUAUUCUACCAUAACAGUAAAGUCAUUUGUGUAUAAUUGACUACUGAGACACAAUUUGCUAAACAUCAUAUGGAAAUUACUUCUUUUAUAAGGUACAUCCAGGUAAGUAUUAUAUUUACUCUGUAAUUAAAGCCAGUUUAU